CGAAGGGCACGAGUGGCGGCAGAACUUCACGCAGGACCCCCUGAGGCUCCUGAGCAGGGACCUGAGGUGCGGGUUAUGCUGGGGGCUCAGCUAGCUGAGGACGACUGGACACCAAGGACGACAUCAUGGGGGACAGGCAGGAUGACCAAGAAGUCCUGGAGAUCCCAGACCAGGACAGUGAAGAGGCGCUGGAACACAUAAUAGAGCAGAUAGCAUAUAGAGACCUGGACAUCCCUGUGACCGAGAUGCAGGAGCCAGAAGCUCUUCCCACAGAGCCAACAGCCACAGACUACACCCCCACCAGUACCUCUGCAUCGCACCCAAGCUCCAGUCAGGUCUAUGUGGAGUUGCAGGAACUAAUGAUGGACCAGAGGACCCAGGAACUACAAUGGGUGGAGGCAGCGCACUGGAUAGGGCUCGAAGAAAACCUUCGAGAGGAUGGCGUGUGGGGCUGCCCACAUCUGUCUUACUUGACCUUCUGGAGCCUUCUAGAACUGCAGAGAGUCUUUUCAAAAGGCACCGUCCUCCUGGAUCUGGCAGAGACAUCCCUGGCUGGGGUGGCCAAUCAGCUUCUAGACAGCUUCAUCUAUGAGGAUCAGAUUCGGCCUCAGGACCGAGACGAACUGCUCCGGGCCCUGCUGCUCAAACGCUGCCAUGCUGAGGACCUGAAGGAUCUGGAAGGAGUGAAACCUGCUGUCCUGACCCGCUCUGGGGGUCCUUCUGAGCCUUUGCUUCCGCAGCAGGAGCCAUCGCUGGAGACCAAGCUGUACUGUGGACAGGCAGAGCGAGGCCCAGAAGAACCCUCGUCGUCUGGGGUUCUAAAGAUCCUCCCGAAUUCAGAAACCACACUGGUGUUAGUAGGCCGGGCUAAUUUUCUGGAAAAGCCUGUGCUGGGCUUUGUGAGACUGAAAGAGGCUGGACAGCUGGAAGACCUGCAGCUGCCGGAGCCUGUGCGCUUCCUUCUCGUUCUGCUGGGACCGGAGGCUCCUCACAUCAACUACACUCAGCUGGGCAGGGCUGCAGCUACGCUCAUGACAGAAAGAGUGUUCCGCACAACUGCCUACCUGGCACAGAGCCGAGGGGAGCUGCUGAGCUCCCUAGAGGACUUUCUGGACUGUAGUCUGGUGCUGCCGCCCACAGAUGCCCCUUCAGAGCAAGCUCUGCUCAAUCUGGUGCCCGUUCAAAAGGAGCUGCUUAGGCGGCGUUACCUGUCCAGCCCUGCCAAGCCAGACCCCAGCAUGUUCAAGGGGCUAGACUUGAAUGGGGGCCCAGGGGCCGCUGGUGGUGAAGAUGACCCUCUAAGGCGCACAGGCCGGCUCUUCGGAGGCCUGUUCCGUGACAUCCGGCGCCGCUACCCUUACUACCUGAGUGACAUCACUGACGCGCUCAGCCCCCAGGUCCUGGCUGCCGUCAUUUUCAUCUACUUUGCAGCCCUGUCACCUGCCAUCACCUUCGGUGGCCUCCUGGGAGAAAAGACCCGGAACCUAAUGGGGGUGUCAGAGCUGCUCAUUUCCACAGCAGUGCAAGGCAUCCUCUUUGCUCUCCUCGGGGCGCAGCCUCUGCUUGUGCUCGGUUUCUCGGGACCCCUGCUGGUGUUUGAGGAAGCCUUCUUCUCGUUCUGUGAAAGCAAUAACAUGGAGUAUAUCGUGGGCCGCGCCUGGAUCGGCUUCUGGCUCAUCCUGCUGGUGGUGUUGGUGGUGGCCUUUGAAGGCAGCUUUCUGGUCCGAUUCAUCUCCCGCUACACCCAGGAGAUCUUCUCCUUCCUCAUCUCCCUCAUCUUCAUCUACGAGACUUUCUCCAAGCUGAUCAAGAUUUUCCAGGACCACCCGCUAAAAUCGGACUAUAGCCCUGUUGUGAUGAAACUGAAACCUCAGGGCCCUUUGCCCAACACGGCCCUCUUCUCCCUUGUGCUCAUGGCUGGGACCUUCAUACUUGCCAUGAUGCUACGAAAGUUCAAGAACAGCACCUACUUCCCUGGCAAGCUGCGAAGAGUCAUUGGGGACUUCGGGGUCCCCAUCUCCAUCCUGAUGAUGGUCCUGGUGGAUUCCUUCGUCAAGGACACCUACACUCAGAAACUCUCCGUGCCCGAUGGCCUCAAAGUGUCCAACUCCUCUGCCCGGGGCUGGGUCAUCCACCCCCUGGGUCUGUAUCACCACUUCCCCAUGUGGAUGAUGUUCGCCUCCGCCCUGCCUGCCCUGCUGGUUUUCAUUCUCAUAUUCCUUGAGUCUCAGAUCACCACGCUGAUUGUCAGCAAACCAGAGCGCAAGAUGAUCAAGGGCUCUGGCUUCCAUCUGGACCUGUUGCUGGUCGUCGGCAUGGGUGGUGUGGCCGCUCUGUUUGGGAUGCCUUGGCUCAGUGCCACCACUGUGCGUUCCGUUACCCAUGCAAAUGCCCUCACAGUCAUGGGCAAGGCCAGUGGUCCAGGGGCUGCAGCCCAGGUCCAAGAGGUCAAGGAGCAGCGGAUCAGUGGGCUCCUGGUCUCUGUGCUCGUGGGACUGUCCAUCCUUAUGGAGCCUAUCCUGUCCCGCAUCCCCCUGGCUGUGCUGUUCGGCAUCUUCCUGUACAUGGGAGUCACCUCCCUCAGUGGCAUCCAGCUCUUUGACCGCAUCUUGCUCCUGUUCAAGCCCCCCAAGUACCACCCAGAUGUGCCCUUUGUCAAGAGGGUGAGGACAUGGCGCAUGCACCUGUUCACGGGUAUCCAGAUCAUCUGCCUGGCUGUGCUGUGGGUGGUGAAGUCCACGCCUGCCUCACUGGCCCUGCCCUUUGUCCUCAUCCUGACUGUGCCUCUGCGUCGCUUGCUGCUGCCUCUCAUCUUCAGUGGGCUGGAGCUCCAGUGUCUGGAUGGCGAUGAUGCCAAAGUGACCUUUGAUGAGGAGGAAGGUCUGGAUGAAUAUGAUGAAGUGCCCAUGCCCGUGUGAGGGGGCAGGCCCCAGAGCCCCAACCAUUUCACUUUCUCACCCUCCCAGGGAAAGAGCGUUUCAUGGGCAUCUCGUGGCUGUGGGUGGGGAAGGAAGGGUUGUCUAGAAACCCUCUACCUAAGACACAGUAGAUUUUUCUGGCUGGAGAUGACCAGAAACUUUAUGAGGGAGUUGGGGGGGGGGUGUCACAGUCUCUUGAGACUGAAUGGGUCCCACACAGGAAAAGUUAGGUCUGAGCCUCCUCCCUUCGUGGCACAGCUAUAAAUAGCAAAGGGACAGUUUCCAAGCUCCUGCUGCCUGUGUAGCCUUACAUAAGUCCCGUGACCUCUCUGGCCUCUGCUUCCUACUCUAUAAAGACGUGUACAUUGGUAAUGGUACCCACGGCCCUUGAGCUCCACAGCGGGGACCUGAGCCUCCUGAACCAGAGGGUCCAGC